AUGGCAAAUAAAAAAUUAAAUGAUGCUGAACUCCUUGUAAUAGCGGAUAAUUUGGAUUAUGCUCAAAGAUCUCCAACGAUAUCGUAUAUAACGCAGACACAGAUUAAGGAUAUAGGAGGGACAGUGGAGCUCCUGUGUUCAGUACAAUACACUCAAGAUUAUUCUGUGAUAUGGAUGAAAGUAGAUAAAAGUCAAACGUCCUACAGUUUACCAAUUUCUACUGGAAGUUCUUUAAUUUUACAUGAUUCCCGUUUUUCGCUUCGAUAUGAUACUAGUAGUUCGACUUACUUGUUACAAAUCAAAGACAUACAAGAAACAGACGCUGGGUUCUAUCAAUGCCAGAUUCUUAUAUCGCCCAGCAACAGGGUAACAGCGGAAGUAGAACUGCAAGUCAGAAGGCCUCCCUUUAUUUCCGAUAACUCAACCAGAUCUGUCGUUGUUUCCGAAGGAGAAGCUGUUGAGAUGGAAUGCUACGCUGGAGGAUAUCCACCACCAAGGAUAUCUUGGCGAAGAGAAAACAACGCCAUCUUGCCAACGGGUGGAUCGAUAUACAGAGGAAAUAUUCUGAAGAUAAAGUCAAUUAGAAAAGAAGACCGAGGCACUUACUACUGUGUAGCUGAGAAUGGAGUGGGAAGGGGAACGAAAAGAAAUAUUGCCGUUGAAGUGGAGUUUGCUCCGGUUGUGGUCGUUCCAAGACCUCGUUUGGGUCAAGCCCUUCAGUUUGACAUGGACCUGGAGUGUCACGUGGAAGCCUACCCACCACCAGCUAUAACAUGGGAAAAAGACGAUAUAACUUUAUCGAAUAAUCAGCAUUAUAAAAUAUCACAUUUUGCAGUCGCUGAUGAAUUUACAGACACAACCCUAAGGGUUAUAACAAUAGAAAAGAGGCAAUAUGGACAAUAUGUCUGCAGGGCAGCUAAUAAGCUGGGAUCAGCUGAUGGAAGAGUUGAACUCUUUGAAGUCUCAGAGCCCAAUCCUAACUAUCCAGGAAUAAUAUGGUUAAAUUCAGUUACGAAGAAUCUCCCAGCAGCUUUAGCUAGUGUAAUCACUUUAGUGUUGAUAUUGUUUAAUUAAACUGGAACAAAUUAGCCAAUUUUCAGUAUAUGCAAAUUUUUCUCGCAUAAAAUUUAAUAAAAUAUAAAACCUUUUCUCACUGUAAUAGGAAUGUGCUGGAUAUGCAAAAAAUCUCUAAUCUUUUUCCAUAAUAUUGCCGCGUUUGAUAAGACCUUGUACCUGAGGACCAAACUUAUAAAAAAAAAAUCUAUAAAACAUUUUAAAAAAUAUACUAAAGAAUCUCUAAAGGGUCUGUUUUUGAAUGAGAAACUUAAACCAAAAAACUGGUAUAGUCACUUACGAAACUGUUUAAUAGUCGGACAUAGUUUUCCUCAAUAUAUUAAGAUAAAACAUGUCUAGUAUGUUUAACAGAUGACAGAUAACAGAUAACCGGAAAACAAAAUAAGUUUUGCAGUCAGCAGUGCAAUUAGAGCCUUUAUUUAUAAAUAUGCGUUUACUGUGCGAAUAUUGCCUAGAAACUGAGUCAAAUUUUGUUUGUGAUGUACCAAAUAUCCUUCUAGUACCUUUUGGUACUUCCUACUACAGUGAGUCAAUUAAAAACCAAAGCGUAAUGUAAAAUUCUAUCAAUGUUAUAACUUCGACAAUAUUAUACUGAAAACUGGACUAAAAAUUGUGUGUCAAUGUUUUGUAUGACUGCAUUUUACCGAAUAGGCUGCUAAACGAUCAAAAAAUCGAAAUCGGUAUGAUAUGGUGCAUUUAAAGAAAUUAAUAUAAAUGUUAGAUGUAAACAGGCAAAGUAGAUUUUUCUUGGAACUUCAGUCAUAAAUUGGAGUAUCCAAAACGUAUUUCAGGCUACAUUUAAGUUAAACAUCAGUAACAUUUAGAGUCGGUUGGACUAAUUACGCAUCUUCAAAUGUUUCUAUUUAAUGUUAUACCAAUAUUAAUUUCAUUCAUUUAGACAGAAUAAUUACUGUUUCGUCCACAGAUCUGAUUACAUUAAGUAAUUCCCCGUUGAUUUUUAUUCAUUAUCUGACUGUAUCUGAAGUGGUUUUUAAAAUGAAUUGUCCGAGUAAAUAUUCAACAAUGUUAGAGACCGAAUGUAACCUUGUUUUGUAACGAAUUUAUUUUGCCUACCACUUGGUAAGAUUAUUGAAGUAGAAAAUUGGGCACACAAAUUAUUGUGGGUGGAGAUGGGGCAACUAAAAUAAAACGAUACUCAUGCGGAUGGCACUCAGAGGUUAAUUGGAGAGCUGGGUCGUGAAUAAGUUGAAUAUCAAGGGGUCGGAUUGGGGCAACUACAAAAUGAAACAAAGCGGUAAAACACAUAAACACACAUAAAUCUCCUGGACAAAUAGUCAAAUAGAGACAACAAGAAAGGGAUUCUAGCAAUUUGAGAUAAGGGCGCUGCUUCGAAGAAUCCUAAACUUGCUGGAGGAAAGAAAAUCUUCCUUCCUAAAAAAGUAAGCACAAAAAAGGUUAGGAGAUUUUUCUAAAAUAAAAAAAUGGUUUGAGAAAUAAAUUAAACAUUUGUAACUGUUUGUGUUGACAGUACUAAAUGUUUAAUUUAUUUCUCAAACCAUUUUUCGAUUUUAGAAAAAUCUUUUAACCUUUGUGCUUACUUUUUUAGGAAGGAAGAGCCUUUUUUCUUUCCUCCAGCAAGUUUAGGAUUCUUGGAAGCGGCGCCCUUAUCUCAAAUUGCUAGAAGCCCUUUCUUGUUGUCUCUAUUUGACUAUUUGUCCAGGAGAUUUAUGUAAGUACCCCUUUGUUUAAUUUUGUAGUUGCCCCAAUCGGGCCCCUUGUUAUUCAACUUAUUCACGACCCAGCUCUCCAAUUAACCUCUGAGUGCUAUCCGCAUAAGUAUCGUUUUAUUUUACUUGCCCCAUCUCCACCCCCAAUAAUUUCUGUCCCCGAUUUUCUAGCCUCAUAAUCUUGCUAUAUGGCAGGCAAAAUCAAUUCGUUACAAAAUGGCGUCCCACGUUGGGCGCCAAAUUGUAACGAAUAUAUUUAUCAUUUAUUUAUAUAUUUUUUAGCAUCUGUAUUAAUUUUGUACACUGUACUUUAUCGAAUGCCUUUUCGAUGCAAAGAUAUCAUUUCUUUGAUCACGGCAUUUUUAUAAUAGAAUAUUUAGCGCAAAAAGUGCGUCCCUAGUUCCCCUACCAUUUCCAAAGCCACACUGAAUUUCUUCCAGAUCUUCCUCACAUUUACGCCUCAACUCUGCUGCAAUUUAUGCCUACAACUCUGUUGUGAAGUAUUCUUAGGAAAAUAGUGUGUUUCAUUAGGGUAAUUAAUCGAUAUCCUGAGCAUUUCCUAGCAUUGUGUUUUAGGUAUUGCGACAAAGAUACAUUUAGCCAGUCUGUGGGAAUCACUUCAGUGUUAAAUUUAUUUAUUGCAUUCUAAAGUUGUUUUACUACUAUAUACUAUUAUAUUUUCUUUGGUUCAACGAAAAUUACUUAACCAAUUGUUUAUUUUAGACUUCAAAAGUUUAAGUAAUGAUAAAUUACGUAUUAUUCGUAAAAAUUUGUAUGAUUUAUUACGAAGCAAGAUUGUAGUGUUCUUAAAACAUUUUCUGACAUUAGUUCCAAUAAAAAUCUCCAUUAUUCAAUAAUUGUGAAGUUAGCUUUAGCUUUUUACACCUUUUUAUACGAUUUAUACUUUUUUAUACCCAUUCGUGCACAAUUUUCGUCAGUUCCACUAGUUUUUAUUUUUUUAAAUGAAAAAAUUUCAUGAGGCAUUCAGUAUUCAUGGCAGCAGCUAACAAAAUGAUUUUAAAUCUGUCAAUAAUCAACAACGAUAAUAUAUAAUGUAUAUUUUCUAAUCUAUUAUUAAUUUGGCAAUGAUAUGUUGAAGUUCCUUGGCAAAAGGAUGAAGAAAAAGUCGAUCAAUAUUUUUUUACUUUUGGUGUAAGUCAAAAUGUAAAAGGACAUUUUUUAAAGAUAUUUGACAAAGUACUGAUAAAGUGUACUAGAUUUUUGUUUAUUUAAAUUGACACAGAGGAGAACAGUAGAUUAUCGUCAGAAAAGGUUUAGUAAUGAAUAUCAGAAUUCCCUUCACUUGUAAUCUUUUGUCACUGUCUUGUUAUGCAUCAGACUAGACUAGACUAGAAAUCGUAUCAUGAAUCAUACAAAUCCUAGAAAGUUUUAGAUAAUUAUUUUGCGUUUUUCCUUAAUUGUUCACUACAUGUUUUAAUUUACGUAGUGUUUCCAAUUUCUUUUCCCUUUUUUUCUCAUCCAUUUCUUCCUUUGAUUCCAUCUUCCAUUUCUAUCGUUUAAGAGAACGCGUGCUUUUUCCUACUUGUAUAAGUGGAAAUGCGAGGGUCUGAUACGCGCAUUUUUUAAAUAAUUUGUCGCCCAUACCAGAUUUUUUUUAAAUUCAAGCCAUCGAUGGGUGAAUAGAAAUUUGUAGUAAAAAAAAUAACACAAUUCUCAGAGAAGCUUUUACUAGAUGAAAAUAUAUCAUUCAUUCUUCGUCUAUAAACAGUCAUGACGAAAAUCGAAGAGAGUUGUAAUGAGGUUUUACUUUGAAUAAAGCUGCAUGUUUGUGAAUAAUGUUAGGUCAAGGAUUUUUGUUUUAGUUAACAAUAAUUGUGUCCCACAUUGAUAUUCCUCAAAUUAAACUACAUACAUUCAUUUAUACAUACGUUUGAGAAGAGUUAUAACAAUAUUAGUGGUCAAAUUGACGACACUAAAGAUUACAUAGGAAACAAGAUUCGAUUCUCAUCGGUGAGUCAAUGUCAAAGAAGUUUGCGACAUAAUCGCUUUUAUUCGAAAAUCGCAAUAAUUUUCUGGAUUGUUUAUUUGGAUCUCAUCAAAUUUGCAUGAAACAAAUUGUAUUAGUUUUUUUAACUAUUACUGGUAUUUGUAGGUACAUAAUUUUAGUCUGUUGAACCCUACUGUGUCUAAUAUUAGAUACAUUCUAUUUUGCGUAUCUCAUCCUCAUUUGUUAUGAAAAUGUUAUUAUCUAUUCUAUAAUUCCUCUAUUUGGAAGAGUGAUUCAUCGUUUAAACGCCGAAUAACCUCAAAUUUAAAUAUACACAGCGGCCCUCGAAAACUACCCGUUUUCUCAAUUGCAAUUUGCGUUUUCUCAUAAGAAAUUACAGAAUAUAUAAGUAGUAUAUUUAUUUGUGCUUCUCUAUACAAGACUUGACCAGGAGUUGUCGUACAGUGUAGCCAAUUCUUGUUCACAAGUAGUAAUUAUGGUCAUACAAAACCUGUAUUCUUCCACGCAGCGAUUAUUACCGUCAUAAAAAUACCAAAAAACUGAUUUUUUCAAUUGUAAAAAUUUAUAUGUUCCGUUUCGUUACAUAUUUAAAUUUAUAAAAUAAAAAUCGAUAUUUUAAAACAUUAUUUUUCAAUGGUUUGGCAACUUUGUAAUUAGCGACGGAGUAAUUCCCACCCACAGAUAGCCGUAAAACUCGUUUUUGCCGAGAAAGUGCCGACGUCUUUUCCCAGUUCUCCGCCUUUAAACGAUGAAUCACUCUUCCAAAUAGUGAAAUUAGAGUUUAAAAAUGUUUUUCUCUCAAAAUUGAUGUGGAACUCAUACAUUUUCGCGCUGCCUCUUAUUUUGAACACAUAUAGUUAAAGAGCUAAGCAUCUAAUAUACAAUGUGACUCGUCAAAUACAAUCCGAUGAGAUAAUAUCAUAAAAUGGUAUUAUCUAUUUUUCUUUUCGACUGUAUAAAAAGUACUAGUCAUAUGUGCUUGUAUUUUGUUUAAUUCUAAACCGAACUUUGGAAAUUAAAAGGUAAAAUUCCUGUUGUCAAAGAAACUUCAACAUAAAAUUGAUUGUACAUACUUUGAUAAAAGUAGUUAGAUGGCCUAAGAAAUAUUUUAUGAUUAUGUACUAUAGUUAAGUUAUUUUUCUAGUUUGAUUAUUCUGAAAUAGCGAUAUUACUGUUUGGAUAUUCUAUAAUGAUUGUGUUCUUUAUUCAAUAACUGAGGUUCUUAGUACCUAAUUAAGAUGUGCACCUUUAACAACGAGAACCUAUUAAGAAGCUCUUCUGCAUCAAGUUCAAAUUAGUGAUGUUAGGGAAAAUUAAUAAGAAAAAAAAAAAGAUUAGCAGAUAUGUUUUUAUGGGUUUUUCAUAGUUUUUAUUUGAAAACAAGCAUUCCUUUAAUAGACUGGGUAUGUGGUUGUUUUUAAUAUUGAAUUCUUAAGUCUGUAUCAUUCGUCCAUUUUUUGUUUUUAAUAAAGAUAUAAUUUUAGUU